GUUGGCAAAAUUUCCUUGCUGUGGCUGGAGUCUGCAGGACAAGACUCACAAAGUGAAAUGGUUGAGGAGGAAGCUAAGAGCUUGCCUAUGGAGCUGAGCGAGAAGGGAGGUGUGGAGAACAACGGAUUUGUUCAAAAUGAGGCUUUUGACACGGAGGCCGAUACCGGUAGCCGAGGAGAAAUGCCAAAAACGUCUGUUGUUGAUGUGGAGCCGGUGGCAAUGGAGGAGCCGGUGUUGAAACCUUAUGCAGGGAUGCCGAAGGAAGUCUUGCUCAAGUUCUCCAGCCAGGCACGGUACAGGGUCACCAGGGAGAUUCUCUUCUGGCUCAUAAUUGCCGCUGCCGUCAUGCUUGUGUGUGCUACGAUUGCAAUUAUUGCCCUUUCUCCAAAGUGCCUUGACUGGUGGCAGGCUAGUCCUGUUUAUCAGAUUUAUCCUCGUUCCUUCAGGGACAGCAACAUGGAUGGGAACGGGGAUCUGAAAGGUAUCCAAGAAAAACUGGACCAUAUUACCUAUUUGAAUAUAAAAACCAUCUGGAUCACCUCUUUCUAUAAAUCUCCCUUAAAAGACCUUGGAUAUGGAGCUGAAGACUUCUAUGACGUUGAUCCCAUGUUUGGAUCAAUGAGUGAUUUUGAGAAUCUACUUGCAGCCAUACAUGACAGAGGGCUGAAGGUGAUAAUGGAUUUAAUACCAAACCAUACGAGCGAUAAACACCAAUGGUUUCAGCUGAGUCGCAAUCGGACUGGGAAGUACACGGAUUACUACAUCUGGCAGGACUGCAUGCAGGCUGCUGGCUCCAUCACUCCUCCAAACAACUGGGUGAGUGUCUUUGGGAAUUCCAGCUGGCAGUUUGAUGAUGUGAGACAGCAAUGCUAUUUUCACCAGUUUGGGAAAGAACAGCCAGACUUGAAUUUUCGCAGCCUCGAUGUCCAACAAGAAAUCCAUGAUAUCAUCAAAUUUUGGCUUGACAAAGGAAUCGAUGGAUUUAGUUUCAGCGCUGUGAAAUUUCUUUUAGAAGCAACACAUCUCCGAGAUGAACCUCAAGUGAACAAGACCCAGGAUCCUGCGAGCAUCACAGCCUAUUCCCAGCUCUACCAUGACUACACAACCACACAGGUUGGAAUGCAUGACAUCAUCCGUAGCUUCCGUCAGACCAUGGAUCAGUUCAGCAGUGAACCUGGCCGAUACAGAUUUCUGGGUUCUGAUGGUGAUGAAAACAUUGAAGCAACAAUGAUGUAUUAUGGAACAUCUUUUGUCCAAGAAGCAGAUUUUCCUUUCAAUUUGAACCUAAUUGACAUUACUAGUCUAUCAGGCAACAGUGUUUUCGAAGCUGUCAACUUGUGGAUGAAAAACAUGCCUGAAGGAAAGUGGCCAAACUGGGCGGUUGGAAGCCCUAACGCUGCUCGGAUUUCAUCUCGGGUUGGGAAGGAUUAUGUCAGUGUUAUGAACAUGCUGCUUUUAACUCUCCCUGGUACUCCUGUCACUUACUAUGGCGAAGAAAUAGGCAUGAAGGACAUUGCAUCAGAAAAUGUGACCUUUCCAGAGAAAUCCCCUAUGCAGUGGGAUAGCAACAUCAACGCUGGCUUCACAGAAGGCAACACUAGCUGGUUACCUGUGAACUCUGACUACCAAAAUAUAAAUGUUGAAAUCCAGAUGACCUGGUCCAACUCAACCCUGAAUUUGUACAGAGAGCUGACUUCACUUCGCAACGAGCUCCCCAUUCACCGGGGCUGGAUGUGCCACAUCUGGAAUGACAGUAACGUGUUUGUGUACGUGAGGGAACUGGAUGGGUUAGACAGAGUCUUUAUGAUGGUUCUCAACUUUGGGGAGGAAUCAACAAUAGACCUGAAAGCUAUAGUUCCUAACCUUCCAUCUGAAGCUGUUAUAAGACUAAGCACUAAUUUUAGCAAUACUGGUAAAGCUGUCAAUACCCAGCUAGUUAAAACUGAAAUGGGAGAAGGCCUGGUCCUCGAAUAUAAAACAGCAAAGCCUGUUCAUACUAUGGAAUCUUUUCAAGGAAAUUGUUUUGUGGCAGAAAAAGCAUGUUAUUCCAGUGCCUUCAACUUACUCUAUGCGAAUUGUUAAGUGCAGGAGUGGAAUACCCAAGCUUUCACGUUGAUUUUGAAUAUGCUGGUUUUGGGGAAAUGCUAAAAUUCUUAGUUUUCUUUGGCUUAUAAAACUUUGUGUACAAAAUCAACACCCUGAAAAAUAUGAUAUUUAAUUGUCUUGCAUCUGUACUGGUGAUGAAAGUGAAAACGUAUGGUACAAACACCCCCUUAGGGGUCUGCGGAGAAGAGAAGUAAACCUGUCCUAAAAAACUGUCCUGUUCAAGUGUGUGGGGUUUUUUUUUGUGAGGAAAGAGAAGAGUUGCAUUCUAGGUGCUGCCCCUUACAGUUGCUGGUCAUUACAAGGUCCUGUGGAAUCUAAAUCCUGUGGCAGCUCACAGUAACUUUUUUUAUGUCUUUGAAUUUAUAAAACUUUUUAAAGGGACUGCCCUGUAUUUGUUCAAAUAGGUAAAAGCAAGCAAGACUAAAAUAUCAAGUUGUGAGGUUUACCUGUUCUUUCAACUCUGUAACAGCUCGGAUUAUCCUUAACAACAACAAAGUACAGCUCGUGUGUCCAAUUCUACACUCAGGACUGCAUUUCCAAUUGAUUGUCCCUUCUUCCCUGCUGUGUUAGAAUAA